AUGUCAGAAUCGGAACCUAAAAAAAAAGCCAAGGGUGACUCCCACUGGUCAAAGAUACUCCAGGUAAACAUGGACACCAACGGAAUUCGCCACAAGAAAUGUAUUCGCAUGUGCAGAAAAUUCAGCCUCACAGGCAGCACAACUUGCCGGUUGGGGCUCAACAAAAGUGUCCAGGCGUGUAGAAAAACUAGGAUUAAUUCCGGAGAUAAAAGUGGAAACAUGGGUAUAAUCUCUUCAAUCACAGCCAGAAUGCGACGCUGGAUUCAGUCGAAGCGAAAAUACGAAGUGUCUCCGGUACAUGAAGCAGCCGCUGGAGAAAAACAGGGAAAAGUUGAUAAAAUUCACUCUGGGUGUAUGAGUAACAGGGACAACAAAUGUCGAUCGAAAGCAGAUGUCCUUAAUGAAGACUACUUGAUAAUUAGUCAAGCUAGUAACUAUCAUCCAGAGUUGAAACGUUCUGAAGGUCUGAAGUCCCCAGCCCAACGCGGCAUGUUAGUGUCUUCUUUAGCCGGUUCGUCUUGUGGGCGAGUCCCUGGCGCAUCGUCUAUUUCCAGAAAUGAAAAGGCAACACAGAUUUCAGCCACAUACAAGGGCCCUAUGGUAAAUAUCAAUAUAGAGUUUGCGGACCAGGGGACUCCGACAGAAUGUAGGUCGCAAUUUGCGGCGAAUCCUUUACGGCUUAACCAGAGACAGCUUUCGCAAACCUCCAUAAUGACACCAACAAGGACACUUUCCAGGAGUCAGCAGCUGCGACAGUCCAGGAACAAGUACAUAAAGCUGCUGCAAAAAGCGGGACAGCUCAGUCCCGGCAGAAGCCCUUUGACAGGAACUAUCAGCGCCCCAGCAAAGCCCGGACUAGAAGAAAAGAGCAUUUCCCCAGUGGUCAAAAGACGACAGAUUAAAACAUGGCCGCUUGCCUGUAGGAAACAGUUACGAGCAGGUAAAGAAGAGGUUCUACUAUCUUUCUGA